AUGAUAACUGUUUGUGACCCAUCUGAUGCGAUUUCUGGGAUUUUGUGGGUUCACAAGUUCUCUCCACUGCUCGCCCUUCCAGUCUUCAUUUUUGCCGGCUAUAUUUUGAUCUACAAGUCCAGUAAACAUCUCCAACCAUCGAAAAGGGCAUAUGGGUACUUUUUCAUAAGUAAAUUCGCGAGCCUUUCCUUCCUCACCGCCGGCAUCGCCCCAAUCAUUCAUACUCCGGCAUGGGGAUUCCAGACUACAGGAUUUCUGCAAAUUUUAAAUGCAGUCAAUCCAAUGUGGGCAAUUAUUUCCACAGUUUAUUGUUAUUUAGUUAUGCUGUUCUUCCUGGUUCAAGUCAUCAAUACCCGGUGUGAAGCCAUCGAAAAACUGUCUGCAGUGGCUUAUGAGGAGGAAAAGAAGAUGUUUUUCUUGUUGAGGACCAUGCUAAAAUUCCUAUAUUUCUUCGUUUUAUUCUCAUUUUGGUGUCUGCUUUUGACGCUCGGCUUUGGCGAAUACGAUGUGCAGUGGAGAUUGAGAAUGGCGGCGGAGAGGAGCAAACUACUCAGAAAUACCAACUGUCCAGAAUUCUUCUUCCUGGACACAAAUUCGUGGCGACUUAUAAUAUCGAUAAUAUCAAUUAUUUUCCUUCUCAUCACCUUUCUCAUAUUUUCAAUUGGAUAUUUAUCAGGAGCAUAUCAUAUUCUAAAGCUUUCCAAAAUGAAAAUAUCCAAGAAGUUUUGGAAGAUUCAGACCGGAUUUUUAUUUCUACUAGGGAUUCAAGUCACCCUGCUUUUUUGCUUUUUGUUGUUCCUUCCUAUAUGUUUCCUGGCUAUCAAGGCGCCUGGAUCGGAAUCUACGUCCUUAACCAUUAUUUUAUUUAUUGGGCACCACGCAACAAUUUCCACGAUAAUUUUUAUUCUUGCACAUCGAUUUGUGAGAUCUCGUAUCCUGAGAGUUUAUAAUAAUUGCGUACCAAAAUCCCAUCGAGUAGGCGCAAUUGUGGACGCUGACCGUCUCGACACACACUGUGUACCACAAAUUCAAGUUUUUGCGGUGAUAACUGCUACUACAACUGUGUGA